CUGCUGGCGCAGGCUCUGCUAGGCAGGAGGCUCCUUCCAACACCGGACGGGCGCGCUCUGGUGCCGUCGGGAGCGCGCGCGCGGCUAGAAGGCCGUUGUUGACUGUGGCCGCCGCUUCUCGUAGAAGAGCAACUGGCCGGAAGCGGCCCGCCCCUCCCCCAGCCGCCGGAGGCGCCGCAAGGGGCAGGAAGGAGCCGGCGCGGGAGCUGGCCUAUCGCCUAGUAAGUGUGUAAUAAGGAAAAAUAAAGAUGGAAGACUGGUGAGUGCAGUUAUGAUGUCAGUAACCUUGGUGCUGCCCAAAUUUCAUCAGCUUCUAAAAUGCAGUAUUUUGGAGAGACUGGGACACUGCCAGCAAAAUAGCAAGAUGAGUAAUCGUCGAAAGCAUGCGCCUCCACUGAGGAUGGAUGAGGAGAAAAAGAAGCAACUCUGCUGGAAUAUGCAUGAAGACCGAAGGAAUGAGGUAAUACUAUUGGAUGAUAACAUGGAUGAAGACCACCCUGUUCCAGGUCCAAGCACCUCUUCUGUAUCCUUUGUUGUAGAUGAUGAUAGCAUUGAUGAAGGACUGGCUUACAGAGAAAACAGAGGGUCAAAGUCAGUGGGUUUCUCAACAGAUGACGGAGAAGACUCUUGCUCCAUCUUGACCUCUAUAUCUGUACAGCUAAAUAUUAUUGUCUCGCCUUACCAUUCAGACAAUUCCUGGAAAGCUUUACUUGGAGAAUUUGUUCUUCAGCUUCUUCCUCAGAAAAUUCUUAUUGAGAAGAUCCAUAAAAGGAGUUUUACUUUGAGAGCAGAUUCUGGUGAUCAGCUGCAAAUCUGUGUUCAUACAAGAAGUGGAGAAAAGGGAGUGGAGGAGGAAAAAGAAAGCGUUGGUGAUUAUGAAGAGGGCAUAUCGGUGGAAUCAUCCCUCAAUAGUGAAAUGUUAGAAGACUUGAGGUGGUUGCAAAAGAAGAAGGUAAUUGGACUUUAUCAAAGACCUAGAGAAGAUCAAGCAUUAAAGGUUGGAAUUUACCUUCUGGAAGCUGGUUUAAGCAAAUCAGAAUUUCUCAGUGAUGGAGGUGGGAGAAUAAAAAAGGCCAACCAGCUGAUUCAGAAACUAAUGGAAAAGUACUACAACUUUAUAAUUCCAGUAUGGCUGAUCAUGAGACCAUUGAACUUUUCUGGAUUCAUUCUGAAUCUCCAGUUGUUACAUUAUGCUUGGCAAAGCUAUGAGCAUCGGCAGAGGCAUUGGAAGUCUCCGUCUGCAGACUUGGGAGAAAAGCAUUUAAUAAAUGUGUUGGAGGAGGAUGAGGAAGAAUCUGACAGAGAGCUGGAACGACAGAAUAUUGAAGAGCUAUAUGACUUUGUGAGGCACACACAUCAGCAGGAAAUCCAGUUUUUGAGGGAGGACGUACAGCACUCUGCAUUGAUUCCAGUUCUAAGGCCAUACCAAAGUGAGGCUGUAAACUGGAUGUUGCAACGGGAAAAUUUCAGAAACAACCCUACCAAUGAAAACACACUACACUUUCUAUGGCGAGAGGUCAUCACUCCAGAUGGAGUAAAACUCUACUAUAAUCCAUUUACUGGCUGUAUUAUCCGUGAACACCCAGUUGCAGGUCCUCCAUGGCCUGGAGGAAUCCUGGCAGAUGAGAUGGGUCUUGGAAAGACAGUAGAGGUACUGGCUCUUAUUCUGACACACACCCGACGAGAUAUUAAACAAGAUGUUCUGACACUACCUGAGGGUAAAUUGGUGAACUUCUUCGUUCCACCCCAGCCUACUGAAGGAAACAAAAAGAAAAAAACUAAGAAAGUGGAGCUUAAGUCAAAGGAGAAAGUACAGUAUCCCAGCUUACGGGUGAUGAUAUUAGCAGCUGUCAAGGAAAUGAAUGUGAAGAAGGGAGCUUCCAUCACUGCAAUAUUUAAGUAUGUCAGUGCCAUAUAUAGAUAUGACAUACAGAGAAACCGGCGUCUUCUCAAAAGAACUUUGGAAAAACUGAUUGCAGAGCAAGUAGUAGAACAGGUUAAGGGUCAUGGUCUGGCUGGAUCUUUCAAGUUGGGGAAGAAUUACAAAGAACAAAAGAGGCAUGAGAGAACCAAAAAACAGACAACAAGGAGUCCUGGAAGGAUUCAGAAGACAUCUUUGCCUAAUGCUAAAACUCAAACCAAAGAAUCAGCAAGUAGGGUCACAUCUUCAGAAAAAGUCAAACCACCCUGGCUAGUGGACAUUCCUGCAGAAGAGCAUGACUACUGUACAGCUAGCAAAAAUAACAAGAAGUCUGAGACAGGCCAAAAGACUUGCAUAAAAGAAGAAAAUCUUCAGCCAAGAGUUAUGGACUUGGAGUCUGCUGAUUUGCAAGGCAGCCUCAUGUCCAGUGAUUCCACCAGUCCGGUCCUCAGUGCAUGUAAAAAUACAGAUGACAUGGAAGUCCUAAAGGACCAGUCCUCAGACUCCCAAGAACGCGCUGGCAGUGUCAUACAGCAUGCCAGUUCCAUUUUUCCAUUCAACACCUCUGACUAUCGUUUUGAAUGCAUUUGUGGUGAGCUUGGCUUGGUUGACUAUAAGGCCCGUGUGCAGUGCCUGAAGUGCCACCUAUGGCAGCAUGCUGAAUGUGUAAACUACAAAGAGGAAAACUUGAAGAUUAAGCCCUUUUAUUGUCCCCAUUGCCUAGUAGCAAUGAAACCAGUUUCUACAGGAGCCACUCUGAUAAUCUCUCCAAGUUCCAUCUGCCAUCAGUGGGUGGAUGAGAUCAACAGGCAUGUGAGAUCAUCUUCCCUUCGAGUCCUGGUGUAUCAAGGUGUGAAGAAACAUGGCUUCUUGCAGCCUCACAUGUUAGCAGAGCAGGAGGUAGUCAUCACCACUUAUGAUGUCCUUCGCACUGAGCUGAACUACGUGGACAUCCCUCAUAGUAACAGUGAAGAUGGGCGACGUUUCAGGAACCAGAAGCGGUAUAUGGCUAUCCCAAGUCCCUUAGUAGCAGUAGAGUGGUGGAGGAUCUGCCUAGAUGAAGCACAGAUGGUUGAAUGCACCACUGCAAAGGCUGCAGAAAUGGCACUCCGUUUGAGUGGAAUCAAUCGCUGGUGUGUCAGUGGCACUCCUGUACAGCGAGGAUUAGAAGAUCUGUAUGGCUUAGUGCUUUUUCUUGGAGUUGAUCCUUACUGGGUCAAACAUUGGUGGGAUCAGCUUCUGUAUCGACCUUACUGUAGGAAAAAUCCUCAGCCUCUCUACAACCUAAUUGCAAACAUAAUGUGGAGAUCAGCAAAGAAGGACGUGAUUGAUCAAAUUCAGAUUCCUCCACAGACAGAAGAUGUACACUGGCUUCACUUUUCUCCUGUGGAGAGACACUUUUAUCAUCGUCAGCAUGAAGUGUGCUGCCAAGAUGCACUAGCAAAACUCAGGAAGAUUUCUGAUUGGACUCUUAAACUUAGCAGCUUGGACAGGAGGACAGUCACUACUAUUCUGUACCCUUUGCUGCGGCUGAGGCAGGCCUGCUGUCAUCCACAAGCUGUUCGUGGGGAAUUCUUGCCAUUGCAGAAAAGCACCAUGACCAUGGAGGAGCUUCUAACUUCACUGCAGAAGAAAUGUCGAACCGAAUGUGAGGAAGCCCAUCGGCAACUGGUGUGUGCUCUCAAUGGUUUAGCUGGUAUCCAUAUCAUUAAAGAUGAAUAUGCUUUGGCAGCAGACCUGUACAGAGAGGUGUUGCGUUCCUCUGAAGAGCACAAAGAAAAGCUCAAAACAGAUUCGCUGCAAAGACUUCAUUCUACACACAACCUGAUGGAACUACUGGCAGCAAAGCAUCCAGGGAUACCACCAACCUUGCGUGAUGGCAGACUUGAGGAAGAGGCUGAACAACUUCGACAACAUUAUAUGAGUAAAUCCAAUGCAGAAGUUUCAGAAGCUCAUCAGGCCUUGCAGCCAGUGCAACAGACCAUUCGUGAGCUCCAGAGAAAGAUACAUUCUGGGUCUCCUUGGUGGUUGGAUGUGAUCCAGACAGCAAUACAAUAUGCCAUUGAUGAGGAGCUUGUUCAGCGUGUGCAAAAUGAGAUAACCAGUAACUACAAACAGCAAACUAAUAAACUCUCCAUGGCAGACAAGUUCCGUGACUGUAGAGGCCUUCAGUAUCUGCUCACAACCCAAAUGGAAGAGGUGAAGAAGUUCCAGAAGCUUGUAAAAGAAGCUGUGAAAAAUCUAGAAGGUCCUCCCUCUAAGAAGGUUAUUGAAGCUGCCACUAUCUGCCAUCUGCGACCCGUUAGACUUCCUUUGAACAAUUGUGUCUUCUGUAAGGCUGAUGAGCUGUUCACAGAAUAUGAGUCAAAGCUGUUCUCUCAUACUGUGAAUGGCCAGAUGGCUAUCUUCGAAGAGAUGAUAGAAGAUGAAGACGGGCUGGUUGAUGACCGUUUGCCCACCACAAGUCGAGGACUAUGGGCCACAAGUGAGACAGAGCGCUCCCUAAAAGCCAUACUGUCUUUUGCCAAAGCUCACCGAAUGGAUGUUAGACUAAUUGAAGAAGGGAAUAUAUUUCUGGAACUCUUUGAAGCAUGGAAGAAGGAGUACAAGUUACUUCAUGAAUAUUGGAUGGUACUGAGGGAUCAUGUGUCUGCUAUCGAUGAACUUGCUAUGGCUACAGAACGGCUGCGAGUGCGUCAUCCUGAUGAGCCAAAGCCUAGCCCCCCUGUUCUUCACAUCAUAGAACCACACGAGGUAGAACAAAAUCGAGUGAAACUUUUGAAUGACAAGGCGGUUGCCAAAUCACAGCUUCAGAAGAAACUAGGCCAGCUCCUAUAUCUUACUAAUUUGGAGAAGUCUCAGGAUAAAACCACUGGAGGAGUUAAUCCAGAACCUUGCCCAAUUUGUGCUCGCCAACUGGGAAAACAGUGGGCAGUUCUGACAUGUGGACAUUGCUUCUGUAAUGAGUGUGUAGCUAUUAUUAUAGAGCAAUACAGUGUUGGCACCCGCAGAAGUUCAAUUAAAUGUGCCAUCUGCAGGCAGACAACUUCUCAUAAAGAAAUAUCCUAUGUCUUCACUGCAGAGAUUGCAAACCAGGAGGAUGAUAUUCCUGUGAAGGGAAGUCACUCCACCAAAGUGGAAGCUGUGGUUCGGACUCUGAAGAAAAUCCAGUUUAAAGAUCCAGGGGCUAAAUCUUUAGUUUUUUCAACGUGGCAAGAUGUUUUGGACAUAAUUUCAAAAGCUCUAUAUGAUAACAACAUGGUGUUUGCUCAGAUUAACGGAAUUAGUAAAUUUCAGGAGAACCUCUCGGCAUUUAAAUAUGAUCCCAAGAUCAAUAUUUUGUUGCUACCCCUUCAUACUGGUUCCAAUGGAUUAAACAUAAUUGAGGCAACUCAUGUUCUGCUAGUGGAGCCCAUUUUGAAUCCUGCACAUGAACUUCAGGCCAUUGGCAGAGUGCAUCGUAUUGGGCAAACAAAGCCCACCAUUGUUCACAGGUUCCUGAUAAAAGCAACAAUAGAAGAAAGAAUGCAGAUGAUGCUGAAAACUGUAGAGAGAAGCCACACCAGCUCUUCCAUGAAACAGUCAGAAGCCUCAGUGUUGACAGUGGCUGAUCUGGCAGACCUUUUCACAGAAGAAACUGAAGAACUUGAGUGAAACAACUUUUGAUUUGACUCAGUGAAAUCAGAAGGGACAUGUCUUAGUAAUAGCAUCUGCAUUAAAUCAGUUGACCUGUCAUAAAUUCCUGUAGAUGUCGAACACCCUUCUUCUGUUAGGAUUGCUAGAAUUAGUAAGGUUUUUAAUCAUUUUCAUUCGAUUCUGUGGCUAUGUCCUUUUCAGCACAUGUUUUCUGAUAGCACUGGAGAGCUAUUGCACUUUGCACACUAUACAAAACAAUGGAUCUUAUUUCCAAAGAACAUUUGAGCUGGACUUUUGUGGGUAAAAUCUUGGCUCCAGUGAAGUUAAUGGAAGUUUUGCCAUCGUCUUCAGUGGGGCCAGGAUUUCACUCAGAGUAAAGCUUUGCUUUGGGGGAAGGGAAAGUUAAGUCACAGAAACUGAACAGAGUAUUUUGCUUCUCGAGUUUUUUACUCUCCAAAGCAUUAUUGAGAAUGAAUACCCUCAUAGAAAGGGCUCUAGAGUUCUCAGCAUAUAACUCUCAAGGAUUGCACCUCUUAUUCAUGACACUUAAAAUAAACUACUAACUAGUUGGGUAUUCGUAAUGCCCUUUUUAGGUAUUCAUGAAGAUUAUGUAAUACCAUAGAAUUUUCAUUGCAAGUUAGAUUUCGUGUUCACUUACUGCAGUGUUAUCUUGAUAAAUUAUGCCUUUUAUAUGUAUAUUGGUCUUAAAAUAACAGUAAAAAACUGAAUCAGUUGUACACAUUUUAAAAAAUUCUUAAAGCCAUGACUACUUUACUGCUUUGCUGUAAGUAUUUGGGUUCCCUUGUUAUAGAAUUUACAAAAAAAUUAAGCUACGCAUCAUUUUAUACUCA